GUGUCGCGCUCUGAGCUGCUAUACUGCUGACAGUGUAGAAGCGAACGAUGCACAGAUGCACGCGAAAAGCCCUAGUACGGUACAAUUUCUGAUCUUUCAUUACCACAGCUCCAAGCUGCCAUCGCCUAGCCGUAAAGCCGGCGCUGCAGCUGCUUUCCGCUCGAAGGAGAAAAAGAGGCUCGUUGUCUGCACAUGCAACGAAUAGAACUUUAAUCGUUGAGACUUGAAGUAGCACACCGGACCUUGUAUCGCAAAGGUGACCGAUUCUUUCCACGUAAUUCAUCUUUUUGUUGUUGUUGUUGACUCUGAAAAGCUACAAGCAUCUUUGCAAGAAGAGCAGCAGCACGUCCUCUUGCUGUGCUUCUGACCUCAUGAACGUCCUUCACUCCAUUGUGAAGGUGUCUUUUGUGCCCCUUGCGGCCGGUGACGACACCACCGCCUCGGCACCGUCGCCGAAAGGAAAGGCGAGCAAGCUGAAGGUGGUCUCCCGCCAGCUUCUGCGGUUUCGACUCACCAUCACCUACGACAAGGAAGACGGCGACACGGGAAAAGAACAAGCUACUCAAGCGUUCCUGGCGAUGGUCGGCAUUCACUCCCUUGAAGCAGCCUGGACGUUUCUGUUUAGCACUGUGCAACUCGUGCCGUUCUUCGCGAGCAAGCCCAAAGGACAAUCGGACCAAAAUGGACAGCGUGUGCCAGCGCUGCAGAAGGUGGGCUCCCCACCAUUGUCGCCAGCCCCGCACGUGCUGAGCAACCUCGGCAACAGCUUUGUAUUUGGCGUGCCUGUGUUCUGGUCGAACCACACCUACACCUGCGCCAACCGCGUGGUGGAAUCGCGGGAACACGUGUACGGCUCACUGCGUGGCUCAUCCCCAUACGAGACGCUCACAGCCACCAACCGGCAGUCCUUUACGGACCUGCACACGUCGAUGCCGUACGUCACCGCCACCGCCUCCCCUUCCUUUUCAAACGGCGUGAACGCUGAUCCCGUACCGCGCAGUGGCCGCAACAGCACGAGCGACGCCAGCGACUCCAGCAUUUGUGGCACCGCAGAUGUGCACUGCGAGGUGAUCGGCGCGGUGCAGACGAUCUCUGCGGGUGCGAGUGACCCACGUGUUGUCUCGUCCUCCGGCGCAGGUACCGCGCUGCCCAAGCUGCUGGAAAGCAACUUCACGGUAGAGCUGGCGCUGCCAGACUUGGAGGCGGCGUCGUUGCGCGGCAUGGACACAACGCUCGCGAUGGUGGUGUUGCUUCCGCUGAGUUUCGACAAGAAGCGGAUGGCUGGUCUGGUGAACCCCGACCAGCCGACGAUUCUGCGAUCGGUGUUGGCGCGCAGUCUCGGCCAGACACACGUGGAGACGGCGGCGGCGGCGGCGCUGGUGCUUGGCAGUGGCGUUGUCCCGGUGGAGUUCACGGAGCCGUUUCUCUGCCGCUCCUCCACCUCACCGCUGAGCAACGACCGUCUCGUAUUGAAUCUCUCUCUCACAAACGUGACGGCUAGUGCUGCGCGGCUGUACAACACGUCUCUUGAUCUGCAUUCCUCGUGUGUGCUGCGCAGCGGAGAGGCCAUUGGCAGCGGUGGCGCUGCGUUGUCGAAAGAGGAAGCCGAGUCCCACUUCACGGCGAGCCCGUUGUGGGGCGAGCUGCGUCCUGGCGCGAACUUGUCCAGCAUGCGCACCAUCGACCUCUUGACGAAGCUCGUCACCCUCACCCCUGUCGUGGUGGGCGAGGAACGGCCACCUUUUAUUCUGCACCCUGGCGAGACGUACUCUUUUGAGUUUGUGAUUGAAGUGCUGCCGCAGCUCUGCUACCUGCUGAAUUCGCAUUCCCUGGAGUACGUGUACGAGCGGUACUACGCGGUGCCGCAUGGCACGACCUCACGUCCGCACGACGAUGGCUCUGCUGCUGCUGCUGCUGCUGGGGGUGGUGAUCGACCUAGUGGGGACGGCGCCACGCAAAGCACAGCACCGCGAGGCGGCGCCGCGACUGUCUUCAGCAACGGCUCUGUUGUGACCGAUUGCUACGGCGAGGUUGUCUCUGCGAAUGAGUUGCGCAGUUUGUUAUCGUACUCCUACGUGUCGCACCUAUUUGUGUACUACGACCUGGUCACCGAUGACGGCUCGGCAUCGUCGCGGCAGGGGAACGAGACUGUGCGACACCCGCACGUGGCUGGUCAGACGCAUGGUGGGGGUCUGUAUCUUCGCUACCCCGCUCAGUGGUCGUUUGGCGCUUGA